AUGACUGUCGGUGAUAAGCAAAAAUGGACAGCUUCAAACGUCCGCUCCACGUUUUUGGACUAUUUCAAAGAGCGCGAACACAAGUUCGUAGCAUCUUCUCCAGUGGUGCCUUAUGAUGACCCUACAUUACUGUUCGCUAACGCCGGCAUGAACCAGUAUAAGCCUAUUUUUUUAGGAACGGUGGACCCAUCUUCUGACUUCUACACUCUGAAAAGCGCUGUGAACUCGCAAAAGUGUAUCAGAGCAGGUGGUAAGCACAACGAUUUGGAAGAUGUGGGUAGAGACUCGUACCAUCACACUUUCUUUGAAAUGUUGGGUAACUGGUCCUUUGGCGACUACUUCAAGAAAGAAGCGAUCGAGUACGCUUGGGAUUUGUUAACAAAGGUAUAUGGGAUUCCGGCUGACAGACUUUACGUGACGUACUUUGAGGGCGACGCGAAACAGGGGCUUGAGCCAGAUACCGAAGCCCGCGACUUAUGGCUAAAGGUUGGUGUCCUAGAGGACCAUAUCUUAACCGGUAAUGCUCAGGACAAUUUCUGGGAGAUGGGUGACCAGGGUCCAUGUGGCCCUUGUUCCGAAAUCCAUUACGACAGGAUUGGUGGAAGAAACGCGGCGUCUUUGGUUAAUAUGGACGACCCAGAUGUUUUAGAGAUCUGGAAUAUUGUCUUUAUUCAAUAUAACAGAGAGCAAAACGGCAAACUAAGGCCUUUACCAGCCAAACACAUUGAUACUGGUAUGGGUUUUGAGAGAUUGGUGUCUGUUCUACAAGAUGUUAGAUCUAACUACGAUACCGAUGUUUUCCAACCUUUGUUCUCUCGUAUUCAGGAAAUUACUGGCGCUAGACCUUACACGGGCAAUUUUGGUGCGGACGACGUUGAUGGUAUUGAUACAGCUUACAGAGUUCUCGCUGAUCACGUUCGUACUCUGAUGUUUGCCUUGGCCGAUGGUGGUGUUCCAAACAAUGAAGGUAGAGGUUAUGUUUUAAGACGUAUUUUGAGAAGAGGCGCGCGCUACGCACGGAAAUAUAUGAACUACCCGAUUGGUAACUUUUUCUCGAAUUUGGCUCCAACCUUAAUUGAGCAGACUAAAUCGAUGUUUCCCGAAAUUGCAAAGGACCCCAGCUACUUAUUCGAAAUUCUGAAUGAAGAAGAAGCUUCUUUUGCUAAAACUCUCGAUAGAGGCGAAAAACUCUUCGAAAAAUACGCUCAAACCGCGUCUCAAACUCAGAGCAAAACUCUCGAUGGGUUGCAAGUCUGGAGACUUUACGAUACUUAUGGUUUCCCCGUCGACUUAACUGAACUGAUGGCUGAAGAACAAGGUUUGAAAAUCGAUGGUCCUGGUUUCGAGAAGGCUAAGCAAGAAUCUUACGAAGCAUCUAAGAAAGGUGGUAAAAAAAGUGCAUCUGAUUUGAUAAAGCUGGACGUUCACGAAAUUUCUACUUUGAAUUCUGAGAAUGUUCCAAAAACUGACGACUCUCCAAAAUACAACUCAGCCAAUAUCGAAGCUACCGUUUUGAAAAUCUACGAUGGUGAAAGCUUCGUUUCUCAUGUUAGCGAGGUCGGGAAACAAUACGGUGUUAUUUUGGACACGACCUGCUUCUACGCUGAACAGGGUGGCCAAGAAUACGACAUGGGAAAUUUAGUCAUUGACGGCGCCGUUGAAUUCAAAGUUGAAAAUGCUCAACUUUACAAUGGCUACGUAUUCCACACCGGUUCUCUCGCCGAAGGCAAAUUGUCUGUUGGUGACAAGAUAAUUGCAUCCUUUGACGAACUUCGUCGUUUCCCAAUUAAAAACAACCACACAGGUACUCACAUUCUCAACUUCGCUUUGAAAGAAGUUCUAGGUGGCGAGGUGGAUCAGAAGGGUUCAUUGGUGGCACCUGAAAAGCUCAGAUUCGAUUUUUCGCACAAGAAGGGAUUGAGUUUGAAUGAAUUGCAAAAGGUUGAAAGUAUCUGUAACGAUCAAAUCAAAGCUGAUUUAACAGUUUACUAUAAAAACGUUCCUCUGGAAUUAGCUCAGAAAAUUUCGUCUGUGCGUGCUGUAUUUGGUGAAACUUACCCAGACCCGGUACGUGUUGUAUCCGUCGGUAUGCCAAUUGAUGACCUUUUGGCUAACCCAACAAGUGAAGAAUGGCAAAAAUUCUCUGUAGAGUUUUGCGGAGGUACUCAUGUCGCAAAGACCAGUGAUAUCAAGGAAUUCAUCAUCAUCGAAGAAAGUGGUAUUGCAAAGGGUAUCCGUAGAAUUGUUGCGGUAUCUGGCACUGAAGCUCAUGAAGUGCAACGAACCGCAAACAGCUUUGACGCUGACUUAGCAGCUGCUGAAAAAUUGCCAUUCUCUCCAUUGAAGGAAAAGAGAUUAAAAGAAUUGGGUGUAAAAUUAGGCCAGCUGACUAUUUCAGUUGUUGCAAAGGAUGCUCUCAAAACCAAGUUUAGCAAAAUUGAUAAGGUUGUCAAAGACGAAGUCAAGUCGAGAGCCAAGAAAGAAAUCAAACAGACCGUUGAUGAGGUUAAAAACUUCUUCGCUGAAAAUGAGUCUGCUCAAUUUUUCGUUAAAUACGUUGACAUCCCUACCAAUGCCAAGGCCAUUACAGAAGCUGUAAACCACAUGAAAACAUCUGCAAAAGACAAGUCUAUUUAUUUAUUAAAUGGUAACGACAAAGUCGCGCACGGUUGUUACAUUUCAGAUGUUGCCAUCGAAAAAGGCAUCGAUGGUCGUGAAUUGCUAGAAGCAAUCUCCCGCAACAUUGGUGGUAAGGCCGGUGGUAAGGCUAACGUUUUUCAAGGUGUUGGAGACAAGCCACAAGGAAUCGAAAAUGCUGUAACCGAAGUGGAACAACUUUUCAUGCAAAAACUGUCCAUUUAG